AUGGUGAGCCUGCCUGACCUGGCCCUGCCCGCCAAGGACCUCCCGGCCCAUAGGGGCGCUGUUCACCCGGCCGGACGCUCACCGGGGGCCCGCUCCUCACCUGCAGGGAGUGGCGCUGUGCCCGGCGCGCGAUUGGUGGAGCAGGAUUUUGGUUCGAGCAGCUGCUUCGCCCUGCCCAGCCCGGACUACUCCCUGGAGUUCGGCUGCCCCUCCUCCAACGGCUACCUGCACUUCCAGUCCUCUCUGUUUGAGAACGGUGAGAGGAGGGAGGAGGAGGAGGAGGAGGAGGGUGGGGGGCCAGGGUCACAGAGAGACGGGAGGAGGAACGGUUUCGACAGGAGCGGCUCUGGAGCGGACCUAGCCGCGGACGUGCGGGAGCGCGGCGUUCCCGACCUGCCGCUGAACGAUGUGGCGGAGCGCGGCGUUCCCAGAGAGCGUUCCCAGAGUGCCGAUAGCCGGCCGGGGCUCUACGAGGACUCGGAUGAGGGUUCAGGCGACGACUGUGAAACCCCCUCAGUUGGGAAGAGCCCUUCUGGGCGUCGGAAGGGCGCCUCUGCCCCGGGCCCUGCCCCCUCCCUGAGCCUGGCUGAACAGAGGGACGUCUCGCCCGACGGCCGCCGCACCAACACUCCUAACAGUCCAAAGAAGAAGCUCCUUCCCCUCCCACAGUACAGUGUGGGAGACCUGGUCUGGUCCAAGUUCAACCGCAGACCCUGGUGGCCAUGUCAGGUGACCAGGGAUCCUCAGGAUGGAGGUUUCUUGAGACUUAAAGACUCUAUUGACCGGCCUUGCCACCAGUACUUCAUCCAGACGUUUGGGGAUGGCGAGGAGCAGGCCUGGGUCCCGUUCAAGGCCAUGCACCCUUUUGAGGGCGGCUACCAGUUUGAGAAUCUACCUGUGCUUAGAAGGAGGGGGCGCCAGAAGGAUGAAAACUACAGAUACUCGAUACCCAAGCGUUUCAUGGAGUCGUGGAAAGCCAGUGUGCUGGAGGCAGAAGCAGUCCUUCCCAAAGCUGCUGCUACGGAUAAGAGCUGCACUGAUUGGUCUGCCUCACAGGAAGAGAGCCAGACCUCAGAGGCCCCUCCCAGCACUACAGUCACCACGGUAACGGCCAUGUCAGGUCAUCCAUCCAGCAAAACAGAAACAGUCUCCAAAAAGCCCUCCAGAGCAAAGGAUACCAGUAAGUCCCCUGUCACCAAAAAAAUGUGUUCAUCCACCAAAAAGUUGUCUAGCAAGGUCGGGGACAUCCAAAGAGGUUAUGCAGACGCGGAUACAUACUCGGAUAUUGACUCUGUCCCUCGGAUCCUGUGUCCUAAAGCCUUUGAACGACCCUCCAGACCCAGCCAGAGUCGGUGUCCGUUGCCCACGGAGACAGACACGGGGAGGAAACCAGCGAAUAAGAAUGUGAGAGGUCUGUGGUUUAGCAGACCUAAUAGAUCUUCCACUGAAGGUGCUCACGGUGCAGUCACCAGUUCCGAGAGAGGCUCCUCUGGUGAGCUGGAUUCCCAAAGGCCGAACCAGGGAAUCCCCGGCGCCCGAGGGGAGGCCUCCAGGGCUCAGGGCGCCCCGGGGCGGGAGCGGCAAGUCCUCUCUCUCUCCGCCAGCAGUCGUCUGAUGACGAGGGCCCUGAAAGCGCUGGAAGAGCGGGAGCUCAGAGAGAGGGCGAUGUCCGCUGGAACAUCUGGCUCCUCACAGGCAGACGGCCCUGCUUCGGCCACACCCCCUCCUCCCCCCGAACAAUCGGAGUCGGAAGGCACCGGCCGUGCGCGGCUUCAAUCGCCAAAGGCUGGCAGUCGUGAGAAGACCCCCUCCCCUGCAUGUGACAGUCACUCGCUGGAAUGUGCCAGUAAGAAGACCAACAGCCGCAAUGGCCCUCUGGUGAAGCGCUGCCUAAUAUCCCCCGACUUUGUUGACUCUUGUGCUGAUCGGGUCACAAGAGAAAGCUGUGUGUCGGACAUAUCCUCGUGUUCCUCACCUGCGUUGUCUCCCGCGGAGGUCUUCCAGGAUGGCAGGGAGAUUUCCUUUAAGUCCCUUCAGGAUGAGAGGAGUGGCUCUGGUAAAGCGGCGACCCUUCGCCCGGAUGUGAACUACAAGUUCAGCACCUUCCUGAUGCUGCUAAAGGAUAUGCACGAUAGCCGUGAAAUCAAGGGCAAGCCUUUGGUGCUGGCGCCAGGACAGUCCACUGCUCUCAUCAAAGAGGAGCCCUCUCUGAUACCUCAGCCGGGAGAGGGAUCGGCGGGUGGGGUUGAGGAUGGUCAAUGUGAGCAGAACUGGACUCUGGGCUCCAAGAACCAUGCGGUAGCGAAAGCCCGGGGAGCAGCUUUAACCGCACGCUCUAAGUCCAAGCACACGAGCCCGAGGUCUGUCAAGCGGGAAGAAGAUGCCGAUUGGUCUGCCAGGAAGCGUCGCAGGAAGAGCCGCCCUUCGCGGGCGAAGAAGAAAAGCACCGUCGAUGUGCCUUUGGGAGUGGUUGAGUGUGCCUAUGGGAAGGGCCGCGCUGGUCUCGGGGCAGCGCCUGGACCAGGGUUCUCUCUCCUCGCUGGGGAAACGUCCCUCGUCCGGGAGAGUAACUGCUCCAGCGUGGCGCCGAAGAAGCGCUGGCAGAACUUUGAGCCUGCCGCAGGGGAGGUCGGGGACCGUCCCGGGACAGAGCGACCGCACACCGAGGUGCCUUCAGAGCCCAGCGGGGAGUCCAGGGACCGGACGGCUCAGGGUGUGGGUCCUGCCUGGUCCUCUCUGCCUCAGGGGAGUGAGAGCCGGCCGCCUGGAGGCAUCACUCCUGGAGUAACGGGAGGGAAAGAAGUCUCUCCAGUGCAUUCAGAAACCAAACGCCUCAGAAAACCUAGCAAAAGACUGAUCGAGUGGACCGAGGAGUACGAUCACUUAUUCUCCCUGAGGAAGAAACCGAGGAAGACCCCAGCAGCAUCUGGGAAGGGGUCCCAGUCUACUAACCUGGAGGGGUCCCAGUCGAGUCACAGUCUAACGGAACAGGGAGCACCAGGGAAGACAGCCCAGGACCCUGUGAGCUCACUCCUCAACCUGCAAACCCCUCCCCUGGAGGACCAGGCCAAGAGUCCUGCUGGAAGAGCGCCGUCAAUCACAGAGCAAACCGUUCAACACGAUGCUCAGGCCCCACCCACAGACACACUGACUCCGCCCCCUGAGGCUGUUCCUUCCCCCUGCGAGGUCGGAUGUGUGGCAGACCUGGCCAAAAGGCAGAACUCACAAUCAGUAUUCCAGGGCCGCAAGAGACCGAGGAAGCCCAAUCAUAAAGUCCUGGAGUGCUCCAUCCAAUCAGAGCCUGCUACCAUCACGAAGAAGAAGGACUGUAGGCAGUGGGGUAAACAUGCGGAGGAGGGGUCUGGGGCCCAGGACUGUCAGGAAGCACAGGAAGUACAGAAUGAGGUUCAGUCUGUGAAAAAGGAGGUGUCUGAUGUGUCUAGUCCUUCAGGAGAUGCUGAAGAUGCAGGCUCUGCGGAGGAGACCAGGUGCCCCCCCUCACUCGCCGGGACCCCCCCGGCCCCUGGGAGCCCCCUGGAGGGAGGGGGGCAGGACUCCGCCCCAGCAGGCCCCCCGGACCCCAAACUACACCUGGAUGACAAGGGCUCCCUGGAGACAGAGGACUGCGAUGACAGUUCGUCAUCGACGAAGGAGGGGGCCUCGGCAGGUGAGGGGGCACUCUCCACCAAUAAGAGGCCACCUGGAGAGAAAGGGGGUGCGGCUUCCAUGAAGGAGAACGUGUGCCAGGUGUGUGAGCAGACAGGUGAGCUGCUCCUGUGUGAGGGGCAGUGCUGCGGGGCGUUCCACCUGCGCUGCAUCGGCCUGUCGGACACGCCCCAGGGCCGCUUCCUGUGCCAGGAGUGCACCUCCGGUGUACACACGUGUUUCGUGUGUAAGAAGCCGGGGCCGGACGUGCGGCGCUGCGUGAUUCCGGUGUGCGGAAAGUUCUACCACGGGGAGUGCAUCGCCAAACACGCCCCCACCACCCCGCUGGGCCGUGGCUUCCGCUGCUCCCUGCACGUCUGUCUGUGCUGCUACAUCACCAACCCCACCAGCCCCUCUGUCUCCAAGGGGCGUCUGACGCGGUGCGUGCGCUGCCCGGUGGCGUAUCACGCUAACGAGUUCUGCAUGCCAGCCGGGAGCGUGGUCCUGGCCAAUAACAGCUUCCUGUGCCCCAACCACUUCACCCCCCGCCGGGGCUGCCGCAACCACGAGCACAUCAACGUCAGCUGGUGCUUCGUCUGCUCCGAAGGGGGCAGUCUCCUGUGCUGUGAGUCGUGCCCGGCCUCCUUCCACCAGGAGUGUCUGAACAUGGACAUGCCCGAGGGCAGCUGGUACUGCAACGACUGCCGGGCCGGCAAGAAGCCGCUCUACCGGGAGCUGGUGUGGGUGAAAGUGCCCCGAUACAGGUGGUGGCCCGCGGAGGUCAGUCACCCAAAAAACGUACCCGAAAACAUCCUGCGAAAGAAGCACGAAGUCGGCGAGUUCCCUGUGCACUUUUUUGGCUCCAAUGACUACCUGUGGACCUAUCAGGCGCGAGUCUUCCCUUACAUGGAGGGAGAUGCCAACAACAAGGACAAAAUGGGGAAGGGUGUGGAGCCCACCUACAAGAAAGCUCUGCAAGAAGCAGCCAAACGGUUCCACGAACUGCAGGCCGAGAAAGAGCUGAAGCAGCUGCAGGAAGACCGACGAAAUGACAAGAAACCCCCUCCAUACAGACACAUAAAGGUGAACCGACCAAUCGGAAAGGUGCAGAUCAUCACAGCCGACCUAUCGGAGAUCCCCCGCUGUAACUGUAAGGCGACGGAUGAGAGCCCGUGUGGGGUGGACUCGGAGUGCCUGAACCGCAUGCUGCUGUACGAGUGCCACCCGCAGGUCUGCCCCGGGGGGGCCCGCUGCCUCAACCAGGCCUUCACCAAGCGCCAGUACACCCCUGUGGAGAUCUUCAGGACGUUGGUCCGCGGCUGGGGCCUACGCAGCUCCCACAACAUCAAAAAGGGGGAGUUUGUGAGCGAGUACGUGGGUGAGGUGAUCGAUGAGGAGGAGUGCCGGGCAAGGAUCAAAGACGCGCAAGAAAACGACAUCUGCAACUUCUACAUGCUGACGCUGGACAAGGACCGGAUCAUCGACGCAGGACCCAAAGGGAACGAGGCGCGCUUCAUGAACCACAGCUGCCAGCCCAACUGCGAGACGCAGAAGUGGACCGUAAACGGGGACACGCGGGUGGGGCUCUUUGCUGUCACCGACAUUCCUGCAGGUAUAGAGCUCACCUUUAACUACAACCUGGAGUGUCUGGGCAGCGGUAAGACUGCCUGCAGGUGUGGUGCGCCCAACUGCAGCGGCUUCCUGGGAGUCCGGCCUAAGAACCAGCCCCCAUCGGAGGAGAAGCUGAAGAAGCUGAAGAAGAGGGUUCCAGUGAAGCGGAAAGCCCUGGAGGUGACAAGCCAGCGCGAGGACGAGUGUUUCAGCUGUGGGGACCCGGGGCAGCUGGUGUCCUGCAAGAGGCCCGGCUGCCCAAAGGUGUACCAUGCAGACUGCCUGAACCUGAGUAAGCGGCCCGCAGGUCGUUGGGAGUGUCCGUGGCACCAGUGUGAUGUGUGUGGGGAGGAGGCCGGCUCCUUCUGCCAGAUGUGCCCCAGCUCCUUCUGCCGGCAGCACCGGGAGGCCAGACUCUUCAUCUCCCGGCUGGACGGCCGUCUGUCCUGCAGCGAGCACGACCCCUGCGGCCCCAACCCCCUGGAGCCCGGGGAGAUCCGCGAAUACCGGCCCCAGCCCCCCGCCACCGAGCCCGGCCCCGCCCACACGACCCCCGCGCCCCACUCUGCCCUACCCCCGGGUGCCUCUCCAGGCCCCCCGGACCCGCCCUGCCCAGGGGGAAUCAAGAGCCCCUGUGGGUCCCACAACCCACACCCACUCUCCCACUCUCCCAGCUCCUCCUGUGAGGAUGUCAAGGAAGAGGAACAGGAGGAGGAGGAUGAGGAGGAGGAGGAGGAGGAGGAGGAACAGGAAGGGGAUGGAGGGAGUGAGAGCGGGGAGGUGGAUGAGGGUAUGGUGGUGGACAUGCUGGAUGAAGAUGGAGAGAUUGAGGACCUGGGAGAGGAGGGAGAGACUGAUGGAGAGGCGGAUGUUGUGGAUGAUAAGGGAGUAUCUGAAGAGGAAGAUUGAGCUCUCCCUGUAGGCCUGUCAAUCAUAGACCUCUCCCUGUAGGCCUGUCAAUCAUAGACCUCUCCAGAGAGGGUGCGUGGCUGAGCACCCCCAUCGGUCUCUCCGUGACGACUGGGUGGGUGAAGCUCUCUCUAGCCUGUGUGUGGGGUAACCCAACCUCCAUGGGGUCAGAGACGGGGGUUUGGAGAGUGCGUCUGGUCUCCUUACAUUAUCCACGUCCUUCAGUUUAUUCUGUAUAUUCUCGUUUUUUUCUUUUGUGAUCAUGUUUACAUUGACUCAAGCUUUUGUGAAAUACAGCGACUAUCAUGUCCGAUCUCUGUGCAGAGAGUACACAGAGAGAGGCUGCAGAAAGAUGGAGCUGAAAAUGGCACAAUUCAUAUUUUGGGAAUAAUACAUUAAUGGUCCCAUGUGAAAGUGUUCCUUUGAAUGAAAAAAUGAUUUUUGACGCAGAGAAGUUUCUACACAACAGAUUCACACUGCCUAUAGUAUGAAACCAAGGGGAGAUGGUUUAACACAGAUGGGAUAAAGCUUAUUUGUCCUCCAUUUUGUUUGAAAUGGCGUUGUGUGUGUGUGUGUGUGUGUGUGUACACUGGUAUCUCACAUAAGGCCCUCUGGCUUCAGCUGACUGUUAUACAGUGGGAGGGGCAUGUGACUGACUGCAGCAGUAAUUUUAGUACAUUCCACGUAUUUCACAAGGUUCUUCAACUAAUCGUGUUUGUGUGCGUGUGUGUGUGUGUUUGUUUGUAUGUGUGUCUGUGUCUGGGUGUGUGUGUGUGUUUCACUAUGAUUAUUUCAGUGUUACUGCGGGAGUCGCAGUUGCAGGGUGGGGACCAUGCGGGUUAGCAUGCUAGUUAGCACGAGCUGGAGAGGCAGAAUUAGCGGGCAGAGCGGUGUGACCGCUUCCCCACAGCAGAACCCACCUGCUGAACAGCAGCACCUCACUGAACACUGCCUCUACCCCGAGACGGCUGUUCUGCCCCGGGGCACCCUGAACACUGCCUCUACCCCGAGACGGCUGUUCUGCCCCGGGGCACCCUGAACACUGCUUCUACCCCGAGACAGCUGUUCUGCCCCAGGGCACCCUGAACACUGCCUCUACCCCGAGACGGCUGUUCUGCCCCGGGGCACCCUGAACACUGCUUCUACCCCGAGACUGCUGUUCUGCCCCGGGGCACCCUGAACACUGCCUCCAACCCGAGACAGCUGUUCUGCCCCGGGGCACCCUGAACACUGCCUCUACCCCGAGACAGCUGUUCUGCCCCGGGGCACCCUGAACACUGCCUCUACCCCGAGACAGCUGUUCUGCCCCAGGGCAUCCUGAACACUGCCUCUACCCCGAGACAGCUGUUCUGCCCCGGGGCACCCUGAACACUGCUUCUACCCCGAGACGGCUGUUCUGCCCCGGGGCACCCUGCACACUGCUUCUACCCCGAGACAGCUGUUCUGCCCCAGGGCACCCUGAACACUGCCUCUACCCCGAGACGGCUGUUCUGCCCCGGGGCUGUGGGUUUGGCAUCGCCUCGAAUGGCGUGUGGUUGUUUUCGGCAAUGGGGACAUUCCACUUUCUUCUCUUAUCUUUGUCUCCUCAGUUUUUUAUUGAAAACCUCUGCAAAAAUAACCUGCUUAGGCUCCACCCACAGCUGGCUUAGGCUCCACCCACCGCUGGCUUAGGCUCCACCCACAGCUGGUUACGCACAGACCUGCAGCACAAACGCCAGCAGGCCCAGCUUGUCAGCAUGACCAGAAAAGCAACAGGAAGCCCCCUAGCCCUGCACUAGCCCAGCCAUCCUGUGCUCCGUUCUCCAAACAGAAAGAAACGCGUAUAAAUACUUAUAAUAGUUUAGUUUUAGUCAACAAAAACAUAACUUUACUUCUACCAUCCUUACUUGAGACAAUCCAGGUAUGUUAAAAAAAAUAUAUUAAAAAAAAUCUCUAUUGAAGCGUGUGUGUGUGUGUAUGUGUGAACUGGAGUUCUUUAGUCCAGUUGGAAUUACAAACAAGCAACGCACUGCAAUAUGUUCGUGUGAAAAUGUGAACGCUAAAAAGGUUUAUUUAGAUUUUAUUCUGUGUGUAGAGUUUGGAGAACCAUACUAUGGGGAAAAACUCAGUUGUCUUCAGUCCUGAGAUAAGUGUGAAUGGAAAUGGCAUUCUCUACUUUAUCAAAAAACAACCACCGUGAGACAUCUUGUACGGGUGUAUGUGAACAGCUGGUCAUCAAUAUUGCUCCUUAAAAAUCAAUGUUGCAUCUGUAGACUCAAGAUGGGUAUUUUGUGUACUAAAGACAACGCAGCCCAUAGCAGUUUUACUGUAAGUGAUGUAAGCAUUGGAAAUCCUGAACAUUUCAAGUAGACUGUGAACAGGUUUAGUGUGUUAAAUGUUUUAGACAAGUUGGUCAUCUUAUGUUAAGUAAGCGAACAUUUAGGCCCAGAUAAUGUAUGUAAUGUACAUAAGUGUAUAUAUAUAUAUAGAACCUAUAGGAUAUAAGUUCUCAGUUAUUCUGAGGUCUGAAGUUCUGAGAAGAGUCUAUAUUUAGGCAUCAUAGUAUACAGUGGAGUGAGAAGCCAUUUGCGCAACAUUAAGAUUUAAGUCUAUAGGUAUUUGUCAAGUUUACUUGCAAAAUUAUGAAGACGUGGUAAGAAGACGUGUUCAUGCGGAUUUCGGUUUACAUAUUGGUCACUGCGAACAUACCGUAAACUAGUAUCGGCUGUGUUUCACUCUCGGGAAAAAUGCUUACUGUAAACUAGUAUCAGCUGUGUUUCACUCUGGGGAGAAAUGCUUACUGUAAACUAGUAUCAGCUGUGUUUCACUCUGGGGAGAAAUGCUUACUGUAAACUAGUAUCAGCUGUGUUUCACUCUGGGGAGAAAUGCUUACUGUAAACUAGUAUCGGCUGUUUCACUCUGGGGAGAAAUGCUUACUGUAAACUAGUGUCAGCUGUGUUUCACUCGGGAGAAAUGCUUACUGUAAACUAGUAUCGGCUGUUUCACUCUGGGGAGAAACGCUUACUGUAAACUAGUAUCGGCUGUUUCACUCUGGGGAGAAAUGCUUACUGUAAACUAGUGUCAGCUGUGUUUCACUCUGGGGAGAAAUGUGUGAAUGAAUUGCAGCUUCUCUGACUGAUUUCCCCACUUCAGUGAAUCACCCGGUUGCACACCCAAACAAUGCAGAGACCAACCUUAGUCCAAACAGACGUCAUGUACAAAUACUCUGUUCAGUAGAAUCCCUCCUGUGAUUAUACACAAAUAUAAAUAUGUUUAAGAAAGCUGUAACCUUUUAAUCUGCUCUGUCCUGGGUCUGCCUGUCGCCUCUGAGUCCCUCCCCUCAUCCAGACAUAACCAGUCAAAAGUUAGAAGAGAUUUCUGAUUUAAAGAAGAUAUAAAACCUCUGCCUUGUGAGUCUGAACUGUACUGUAGUCCUUUGUGAACAAUAAAUAUUACAGUCAGUAAAAUUUCACUUUACUCAAAA